AUGAAACUGCUAAAUGAGAUGAAGGAAAAAGAUUCUGAAAUGGCAAUUAAGUUCCAGACAGACAGUGAGGGUAGAAUCAAGUCAAUGUUGUGGUGCACAGGGAAGAAUAGAGCUGAUUAUAAUCACUUCGGUGACGUGGUAACAUUCGACACUACAUAUCGCACAAACUUAUACAACCUACCAUUUGGAUUAUUCAUUGGAGUUAACAAUCACUUCCAAUCAAUAAUAUUUGGAGGGGUUUUAUUGACAUCUGAAAAAACAGAGGACUUCGAAUGGGCCUUUUCAAAUUUCAUUCAAAUAAUGGAGGGAAAGGAGCCAAUAACAAUACUGACAGACCAAUGCCAAGCAAUGGUGGCUGCCAUAAAAACAACAAUGAAGAAGACGAGGCAUCGGUGGUGCCGGUGGCAUGUGCUGCGGAAUGCAAAACAGAAGCUUGGAGGCGCAUAUAGCAAGAAUGGGGGAUUCAAGAAAGAGUUUAACAAGUUGAUCACAGAAGAGAUGCAGAGAAAGAAAAGAAUUGGGGUGCCUAUCGAGAGACAUGCUGAAGCAAUUUAUACAAGGGCCAUGCAUGAAAAGUUCUACAAUGAGCUUUAUGAGUCAGGAGCGUAUGCAAUAAAGGACCGCGAAGGGGAGGACAGGCACGCACUAAAGGUGCUCGUUCAUCUGGACAAGACUGAAAUACCAAGAUAUAACAUCAAGCACAGAUGGACGAAGGAUGCGUGUCAAUCUCCAGACUCAAGUACAUCAGCAAAUGGCACAAUGGCAAUGUCAGAGACUACAGAUUACAUGCAAAAGAUGUUGCUCCUAAAGAGGGUAGUGGAGCUAGCUAAUAGUCGAACCACAUUGGGUGAGGGAGUAUUUUUUGAGGCAAUGCAAGCUAUGGAUAGAAUUAGCAGUUAUCGAGACACAAAAGACAACAGCAACAACAACAUGAAAGCACUUGGUAACAUAGACGGAGGAGGCGUUAUGCCGAUCGCAUGCCCACCACGCCCAUCAAGACAAGGGAGGCCACAAAAUACAAGCCUACACUCAUGGGAGGUUGAGCAGCACAAGAAGAAACUACAGGUUAUAGUGAAGGCAGGAGAGCAGAUAAAAGAGAACAGAUGA